UACCAUAAAGUAGGUAAAAAGUGUCGUGCAACAGCCCCUGAUGUUCGGCGUGUGAAACCCCGUUUCGGUCUCUCCGUACGGCACCCUAGCUGCAGACGCAAACAUGCCUGCUAAAGGUCCUCUGCAAUCUGUCCAGGUUUUUGGACGUAAAAAAACCGCCACAGCAGUUGCUCACUGCAAGAGGGGGAAUGGCCUGAUCAAGGUGAACGGCAGACCCCUGGAUAUGGUGGAGCCUGCCACCCUCCAGUACAAGCUUCUGGAGCCAGUGCUGUUGCUCGGCAAGGAGCGUUUUGCUGGAGUUGACAUCAGAGUCAGAGUGAAGGGUGGUGGACAUGUUGCACAGAUCUACGGUAAGCAGAACAUUUUAUUUUCUCAUAUAGUUAUCCAUCAGCAGACGGUGUGUGUUUUCAGGAUUAUAUUCGUUCCCUUUUCUGCCAUUUAUUUUUCUUGUUUUGUCUUUCAGCAAUCCGUCAGGCCAUCUCCAAAUCCCUGGUUGCCUACUACCAGAAGUAUGUGGAUGAAGCCUCCAAGAAGGAGAUCAAGGACAUCCUGAUCCAGUACGACAGGACCCUGCUGGUCGCCGAUCCACGUCGCUGCGAGUCCAAGAAGUUCGGUGGACCUGGAGCUCGUGCCCGCUACCAGAAGUCCUACCGUUAAUCCCCCUGUACAUUUUCGUAAUAAAUUGGAGGAACAAAGAAUUA